UAUCAGAGAUUCUUGAUUCUCUGGAAACAGCAGGAAAACUAGCGGCUGGAUUCGGCACCCCAGUGGGACUCCCCGAGAAGCGGCGCUGCUGGAAACGGGCUGUUUAUGAUUAUGCGAAGAGCUCGAUUUAAGGCUGCCUGCCGAAGUUUAAGAAGAUGGGAGCCCUCCCUGAUCCAUUCCUGAGACGGUUGUUCUGGCUGGCUGCUCUCUUGGCGCUGUUGGAUUAUGCAGCUGCGGCUUCUGAAUUUAAUCCUUACAGGGUGCUUGGAGUGUCAACACAUGCCAGUCAAGCCGAGGUCAAGAAGGCCUACAAGCAGCUUGCAAGGGAAUGGCAUCCAGACAAGAAUAAAGAUCCAGGGGCGGAGGAUAUGUUUAUCAAGAUUACCAAGUCCUAUGAGAUCCUGUCAAACGAGGAGAAGAGAGCAAACUACGACCGGUUUGGUCAGACAGAUGAGAACCAGCACCAUGGCCAGGCACCGCAGGGCUUCCGACACUUCCACGACAACUUUUACUUCGACCAGUCAUUCUUUCACUUCACACGCUCGACCCGAGAUUUCACAGACAGCAAGCACCUUCUGCACCACGAUCAUUACAUGAAAGAGGUGGUGCCAGACAGCUUCAAAAGACCCUACCUGAUAAAGAUGACCUCUGAGUGGUGCUUCACCUGCAUCCAUAUAGAACCGAUCUGGAAGGAAACAGUUCAGGAGCUGGAGGCAUUGGGUGUGGGAAUUGGUGUGGUGGACAUUGGGUACGAGAAACGGCUUGCCAGCCAUCUUGGUGCCCAUCGCACCCCCUCUAUUCUGGGGCUCAUUAAUGGGAAAGUGACUUACUUCAAUUAUGCUAUAUCCAAGGAGUACUUAAGACAAUUUGUGGAAAGCCUUCUGCCACAGAGGCUAGUGGAGAAGGUGACAGAUGAUACUUACUUGCAGUUUUUAAAUGGUUGGCGUGAGGAAAACAAACCUAGAGUGCUACUGUUUGACGCGGUACCUUCAGUGCCUUUACUGUAUAAGCUCUCAGCGUUUGCGCAUCAGGAUUUUGUGAGGUUUGGGUAUGUAGAUCAGGGCCUGACUGAGACUUUACGCAUCCUGCAGCAGUUCAACAUCAACACAUAUGCUCCCACCAUGCUGCUGUUUAAGGAGAACACAGAGAAACCUGCUGAUGUCAUACAGUCCAGGGGAAUGAAAAAGCAGCUCAUUGAUGAGUUUGUCUCCAACAACCGUUUUUUGAUGGUACCACGACUGGUCAACCAGAAGCUUUUUGAUGAGCUGUGUCCAGUCAAACAGUUCCACCGCCGUCGAAAGUACUGUGUGUUGCUCAUCACGGGGGAGGAUGAGGCUUUCGUCCCUGUGAACGAUGCUUUCUUCGCCUUCGCUUCCGCCAACACUAAAGAGGUGCUGAGAUUCACCUACGUCUAUCAGUGGCAGCAGCAGCCGCUGUGUGAUGCUCUUCUGAAAAAGGAGGACAUGACCCCUCCUCAGGUAAUUAUUCUGGAGAGGCGGAGCACCACAGGUAAAGUGUUGUAUCGCACAGUAAAGGGCGGCUGGAAUGGAAGUGAUGAAGAUAAGCACCGCCUCCACGAGCAGCUGGAGCUCCUGCAGAGAGAUCCUUCGUUCCUCACCUAUGACGCCAUGCUGCCGGAACUCAACAAUGAGUUCGCUUCUAUGUUUAUAAUUCAGUGGGCGAACGCUGCUUAUGAUUACCUCUCUGAAAUGUACUUUGAUUUUCUCCACUCAAACUGGCGAGAGAUGAUGCCAAUCGUGUCUCUGAUCUUCUCUGCUCUCUUCAUUCUGUUCGGCACUGUCAUCAUUCAGGCUUUCAGUGACUCUGGUGAAGAAAAGCCAGCCAAGCAGAAGGCGAAUGAAUCACCAAAGACAGCGGAGAGCUCUCCAAAUGCUGAAAACACGAGCAGCCGUCCUCCUAAGAAGAACUUUGUGGAGGUGACUGAGCUGACUGAUGUGACGUACACCAGCAACUUGGUGAGGUUAAGGCCGGGACACAUCAACGUGGUGCUGGUGCUCACUGACACAUCCAAACAAGCUCUGCUGAAGAAGUUCGCCAAAGAAGUGUACUCUUUCUCAGGGUCCCAGACUCUUCACUACUCCUUCUUAAACGUUGAUAAACACAGCCAGUGGAUGGACAGUCUCCUGGAGUUAGCGCCCAGCUCCAGGCCUCGGGACGAGGAGGAAGAAGAGAGCACGCCUUCCAGUAAAUGGGACUACACCGGCUACGUGCUGGCACUGAACGGGCAUAAGAAAUACUUCUGCCUCUUCAGGCCUGUGUUCACCGGGGACGAGCCCGACUGCAGCAGGUCGUCCGACGAAGACGGCGGGGGAUCUCGAGCGAGGUCCAGAGGCAGCUCUCGACAACGGUCAGCAUCCACCCGGCAGAUCCAUCACAAACUGGACCGUCUCAGUCUGUGGAUGGAGAGGCUGACGGAGGGUACCUUGCCUAGGCACUAUGUUUCAGACUGGCCUGAUCUGAAAACCAUCAGCCCUCAAAAAUAGCUGGACGGAAGCGGGACGCGUCAGAAUGCUUGCACGUGCAUGCCCUGUCCACUCCUGCUCACGAAGCUCCACAGAGAAUCACUGGAUUCCUCUGCAUGGGGCAUCUGAUGAUGUGGGGAACAGCAGCAGGGGUUGAUUAUGUUGGCCUGAGAUGACCGUGGGUUGUUUCCGUUUGUGUGUGAAGUGUGAGGCUUUGUUAGGAAACUGACUUUUACGGAAAGCGUUUUUAUUAUUAUUAUUAUUGUUCUGGAUUAUGCACUGUCUGGAUCACUAGGGAGUUUUGAAUAGGAGUACCGUGUGUGCUUUCGUUUUUCUUGUGCUGCUAGCUGGGGCUACACUUGCUGACCAUGUCAUAAUCAUAAUAAAAAUACAAAAAACUAAUGUACAAAAAACGUUUACCGCUGCUUUAUGCUGUAGGAGCUUUUCUCUUAGGGUGUGCUCACACUAGGCUUUCUGAACCGUGUCUGAGCAUGCUUCCCCCCAGUCCUGUUGCAAUAAAUACAGUGUCGACUUAUGGAACAAUAAAUGGACACAACUAUUGUUUUAGCAACAAAUACUAGCCAAAAUAAGCCAUGACUUAAAAAAAAUUGCACCUCCUGUGUUAAUUGGCUUUUUUCACUUAUAUAAGACUGAAUACUGAAGGUUUUUUUAUGAAAUUUGCCUACAUGUACCAUAGUUUUGUCUUGAUUUAAAAACGAAAAAUAAUAGUUGUUUGGAAUAAAUUAUUUAAUCUUUUUACAUAUUUGGCUGAACAACAAAUCAUUUCAGUUGCCAAAUAUUAAAUAUGUCCCUAAUUAUUAAGAAACCAGAACCAAGAACAGAGAUAUUAAAGGAGAACUCCGGUGUAAAAUUGUAAAACCUAAUAAAAAGAGUACUAACAUUUGUUGAAUAGCCCUAGUUUCUGAGAUCCUGUGAAUUUUUACAGUUCGUCCAAACAUGCUUUAGAAUGGAUGAUAUGGAGCAUAUUUUUCCUCUGCAGAUAAAUUGCUUUUUACACCAUUAUCCAGGCUCAAAGUAGCUCCACACCUGGUAGAAUCCGGAGAGUCCUGACAUUUAAAACGAGACAUUAUUAACUUUUGAAAGUGCACAACUCACAAAUUUGUCAACAUUUUUUGCAAUUAAAAUUGUGGUAAUUGUAGCAGCAGUAGUGCUCAGGUACGAUACAAAUCAAUCAAGCCUAGUGUGGGGAUACCCUUAAAGUCAGUUUAUGCCCAAUGGUAAAAUAGAGAGUAAAAAUAUAUUAAAGGCAUUAUAUAGAAUUUGUCUAUACUAAAAUAUAUAUAAAAAAAUCUAGAAGUGGGUCACUAGUGUCCAUGCGGGAUUCUGUAAACUCCUAAACAAGCAAGUUUAGAAACACUAAUUGGAAUUUCUUUUUUUAUUUAUCUUUUCUGAACCCUAAAAAAAAUAAACAAUAAAUAAUUUGUAUUUAUUCACACCACACUCAAAACUGAAUUAAAGGUGCUUUAUCAUUUGUAACAUUUAUAUAAAUAUCUCAUCACUGUUUUAACUGGAUGGUUCAUUUCACUAAAUAGUUAGGGCAUCAAAAAUUAUUUAUUUAUUAUUAUUCUUUUUUAUAAAUAGUGUGCACACUGUGUUCAAAUGUUUAUGGUUGGCCAUUCUAAUAUUCUGGUUCUUACAAAGGAGUGCAAAUGUACACACAAACUCAGCUAUUCACCAUAUCUAAUGCCAGGUGUGUGCGAGAGGGAUAGAGAGAGAGAUUCUCACAGCUGUGCUCCAUAAUCUAGUAGAAUUCCUUUCCUGGACAGUAGAGAAUUGAACACAGUACUGUAUAUUACACAGUACUAAUUUACAGAACAAACAAAAUUCUAAUACUACAUAUUGCACCUUUAAUUCUAUUGUUAUGAGCGUGGUGUUUGUUUACUUGCAUGAAACAAAAUAUCAUAGUUGCCAGAUUUUGUUUAGAAGAUAUAAGCAAUUAAAUUUUUUGCAUGUCACGUCUUUCCUUAAACUCUGCCUACUGUAGCAUUAAUGCUCCUUAGCUUUUUUCGUUUUUGGGUAUUGCACUUUGACUGCUUUUUGUUGUUUGUGCUCAGGAGGCCUUCACUCAGAGAUACUUUAGUACGAGUGUGUUCCACUGAUUGUUAUUUACAUGUAGGCCUGGAAUACUUCUAACAAUGUAUAAAAAAGUCAGGCAUAGGGAUUUUAACCUUUGGAGAUUAAAUAUAUGUCCUCUUUAUUUAAGAGAAGAUUUUUUAUUUAUAAGAUGUUUCAUUGUUUUAUCCAUGUGACUCACAUAACGGUUAAUUUAAAUAAAGUUUACACAAAAGCUAAA